AUGGCAACUCGUAAGGAAGACAGCAGUUCAAUUUAUCGUAUUCCACCAUAUUAUUACAUCCAUGUUCUUGAGAAGAAUAAAAAUGUGACCAGGAUUGAAAUUGGGCCUCGGACCUAUGUGAGACAAGACAAUGAAAGAGUCACUUUUGGUCCUGAGAAGAUGGUGGUGGUUCCACCCCAGCACUACUGUAUUGUUGAGAAUCCAGCCCUGCGGGGUAAAGAUGGGUCACCUCUAAUCGACAGUCUCGGCCAGAUAAGACUUCAGCAUGCUGACCUAGAGAUCAGGCUCACCCAGGAGCCAUUCCCACUGUAUCCAGGGGAGCUUCUACAAGUGCAAGUGACUCCCUUGACAGUAGUCAAAGCAAACUCUGCACUGAGAAUCUGUGCUGUCCUAGACUUUCUUGAUGGGGAUACAGCCCGAGUCGCUGGAGACGAAUGGUUGUUUGAAGGACCAGGAACCUACAUCCCCCGCAAAGAGUGUAAAGUAGUAGAAACUAUACAGGCAACAGUCAUCGGACCAGACCAGGCUAUCCGUCUGCGUGCUCGUAAGGAAUACAGUGACAGAGAUGGCAACCCUCGUGUAACAGGAGAAGAGUGGCUUGUGAAGAAGACUGGAGCCUACCUUCCUGGGGCUUACGAGGAAGUUGUCAGUAUUGUCACUGCUUACGUGCUGACUGAGAAGAAAGCUCUACAUAUGCGCUGCCUGAGAACUUUUAAGGAUGACUUUGGGGUUGUGCGAAAGAAUGGCGAGGAAUGGCUGAUCACAAUGAAAGAUACAGAAACCCAUAUCCCCAAUGUUUAUGAAGAGGUGGUGGGUGUCGUGGACAUUACAACAUUGACCACUCGCCAGUACUGUGUUAUUCUUGACCCUGUCGAUGCAAGUGGCAAGCCUCAACUUGGACAGAAGUUGUUGGUUAAGGGGGAGAAGUCCUUCUUUCUGAUGCCUGGUGAGAAGCUGGAGAAUGGAAUCCAAAAUGUCUACAUCUUAGGGGAAGAUGAAGGGCUGAUUCUCAGAGCCAGGGAAGCUUUCACUGACAGGAAAGUUGUGCGUUCUCCUGGAGACCGGUGGAUGAUUCGAGGGCCAGCAGAGUAUGUGCCGCCAACAGAAGUGGAGGUCAUCAUGAAGCGACAAGCUAUCCCACUGGAUGAGAACGAGGGCAUCUAUGUCCGAGACAUCAAAACUGGCAAGGUGCGGGCUGUACAAGGAAGCACCUACAUGCUCAACCAGGACGAGGAACUCUGGUCCAAAGAGCUUCCUCCCCUGGUAGAGGGUCUCCUGUUCAUUGAGCACCUGCCCGAGGUCCGAUACCAGUCCUCACUGGGGGGAGCCCCAAAGAUAGGCAAACCUCGUGAUAAAACCAGAGUGGUGACAUACCGGGUGCCUCACAAUGCUGCUGUACAGAUUUAUGACUACAAGGAGAAGAAAGCCAGAGUUGCAUUUGGACCUGACCUGGUCAUGCUGAAACCGGACGAACAGUUCACUCUCCUGAGUUUGUCUGGAGGACGGCCGAAGACACCAAACGCAAUCAAAGCCUUGUGUCUGCAACUGGGUCCAGAUUUUGCCACUGAUAUCAUUGUUGUUGAGACUGCUGACCAUGCCAGGUUGUCCUUACAGCUGGCUUAUAACUGGAAUUUUGCCAUAUCUGAGAAGACUCCAGAAGAAGCUGCCAAGCUGUUCAGUGUGCCUGACUUCAUUGGGGAUGCAUGCAAGGCAAUAGCUUCUCGUGUGCGUGGAGCUGUAGCCCAGGUCCAGUUUGAUGAUUUUCAUAAG